AUGCUUACCCGUCGGAUUGCUGCAGCGGUUCUUCUUAUUGGCGGCUGUACUGAGAGAGACGAGGGAGGUGCUCUGUGCUCUGUCGAGGAAUUAAGCUUCCGCAAAACUCCGGAAGGAAUCGACAUGAACAAGAGUAUUGUCUACAAAUUACGAGAACCUCGACGGAGUCCUGCAGUGUUUGCUGAAAAGAAUGGAUUCCUUGUUUUAGGAGGAUGUCAAAGGAAAGGUGUGCAUACGGGAAGUGCUGAACGAAUUCGGUGGAAUCGAAAUUUGCUGGAAAGCAGUAAUUCGGUGUUUCAGAACGUGGUUGAAGCAAAAAGCUGCAGCGCUUUCUUCAAACUAGAUGAGUGUGCAGGAGUUCUUAUUGGAGGUUUCAAUGGAUUGGAUUGCCUGAAAAGUGUGAAUCUCGUCAAACUCAAUGAACGCGAGGUACUGCCUACAAGAUUAUCAACCGCUCGUGAAAAUCAUGUUUGCGAAAUCAUAUUUGAUCGCUACCUCGUCGUGAUGGCUGGCUGGGACGGACGGCAGGCGCUGGACUCUGUCGAAGUAUUCGAAAUCAUCGACGAAAGCCCAUGGAUUCUCCCAACAGGAAUUCAAUUCAGCUUAUGUGAAGCUAGAAUUCGUCCAGUCUCCACUCCACUGUGA